GCAUGACAAUGGUGUGUGAGUGCUGGAAGGCCAGGGCUUCACUCGGUCUCUGCAGCUCAUGCUCUCUCCCCUCCAAAUACUCCACUGUCCACCUCCCUCAUCACUCCUUGUUCUCGUCUUCCUCCUGGCAGAAGCUGGUGACGGCAUGGAGAACAAGCACACCUUCCUGUACUUUGCGUACGGCAGCAACCUGCUGAAGGAGCGGCUGCAGCUGAAGAAUCCCUCCGCCACGGUCCACUGUGUGGCCCGGCUCAAGAACUAUAGAUUGGUGUUUGGGAACUAUAAAGGCCUAGCCAGUGACCGGUGGCAUGGAGGUGUGGCCACCAUCGAGCACAGCCCGGGGGACGAGGUGUGGGGGGUGGUGUGGAGGAUGAGCAUGUCGGACCUGGAGUCUCUGGACAGUCAGGAGAAUGUGAAGUUAGGUGCGUACAGUCCUGUGGAGCUCUCAGUGAAGACAAAAGGCCAGGAGCUCAACUGUCGUACGUACAUAAUGAACAGCUGUGUGUACGCCCCCCCGUCGCCACAGUACCUGCAGGUGAUUGUAAUGGGAGCGGAGCAGAACGGUUUGCCAAAGGACUACCAGGAGAGGCUGAGGGCCAUCAAGACCAACAUGUAUGAGGGCCCUCUGCCCAUGAUGGCUGAACUGGAGCGAGCCAGAAGGAGAGCCAAAGAGAGGGCCUGAGGAUGCAUGAUAAUCCAGCAGAGUCCAGCUCCACUUUCUCCCAAAGGAAAGUCCCCGUAGCACUGUAUGCAUCCCUUUACACAGGAGCUUCUCAACAAGUGGACCUUAGCUAGCUGCUGAAGGGUUAACUUAAACGUAGAACACAGCAGUGAUGGGUCUGUGGUCCGACCUGAACAGGCCAGUCCAGAUGAAAAUAACGGUCACAUUUGGACAGAAUAGUGGUGGGAAUAUAUACUUUAUACAUAACCUUUACCAGUUUCUUUCAACCCUUCUACACUUGGAUCCCCGAACUGAAGAGCACCAGAGACACCGUCUACAGACCCGAGGAGCAAUCUGGGACUAAAAACAGAACUUCUUGGGCUUCACAAUCUUGCAUUGUUUUAUGGUUAAAAUGUAUUUUAAUUUGCUAAUGUCAUGCUCCUAGCACCACUUUACGUAAUGGCAAUUAAAAUAUUCCUUAAAUGGCCAUACCAUAUCAUACAUGUUACUGUAGGUCCAGUAUGACAAGGAUUUGUCACUCUGCUCUACAGUACCAGACUACAAUGCCAUCACUUCCUGCAAUAAAAGCAGGCUUAAACAUAGAGAGCAACUCACUGCAGGAUUAUUUUCCUUCCUUUAAGAAAUUACAUUCUGAAUCUGUGGAUUUAAUUUGACAUGAAGGAAACAUGCAAGACAUGCUCAAUGAAAUGUAAUAAAUGUGAUGCUAAUUUCACUAGAUUAAAUAAAAUAAAAUGAAUACUCU